AUGUUGAUAAGAUUAGGUGAGUUAAGUUUUGGACUUAAGAGCCUUCUUUUGUUGGCGAUAAUUGUGAUUGAUGGGUUUAUUUUGGCUUCUCCAGUAUCUUGGUUGUUCCAUGACCCAUUUAUAACUAUUCAAAAAGAAGAUUCAUCCAAUAAUUGGUUACUCCCCCCUUUGUUAGACCCAGAUGACAUUACUGAUGAUAAUAGAAGUUUACCUAAAAAUGGUUCAAUACCGUCAUAUAUAGUGGAUAACUGCCCAGUGGUAUAUUUGCACAGUGAGGAGAGGUAUUGGCCUUCUGAUAUUGAAGAUUAUGUCACUCAUUUUUCUAUAAACGAUGGUAAUGGUAAUGUCAUAAUCAAUGCUAGUAAUGAUGAUCCCUUAAAGUUAAAAGACUUAAACUCUGGAUAUAAAAUAAACUUUAAAAAUGGCUCUAAAUAUUACAUUUCUAGUGAAGAUACCUAUAUGACAAGUUUAGAUAAUUUUGACAAUGAUCCAAAAUGGCUAUUAGGACAUAAGCCAGAAUAUGGUACUGGCCAUAUUAAAAAGGGGCCUGUUAUUCUAUUUGCAGUUGAUAAAGGUAAUGGCUGGGUAGAUGCUUUUUGGUUUUACUUUUAUCCGUUUAAUUGGGGACCAUUUAUAAUGGGAUAUGGUCCAUGGGGAAAUCACGUUGGUGAUUGGGAACAUUCUUUGGUAAGAUUUUAUAAAGGUAAACCUAAAUAUCUUUGGAUGAGUGCACAUAGUGGUGGAACAGCAUAUAAAUUUGAAGCUAUAGAAAAGAUCAAAAAACUACGACAUGUGAAUGGUAGAUUGACGUCAGAAUUGAUUGAAAGACCUGUAAUAUUUAGUGCUAGAGGCACACAUGCUAAUUAUGCCUCAACAGGCCAACAUCCUCAUGAUGUACCAUUCUUCUUUAUGCCGUUAAGUGAUUUUACAGAUCGUGGUCCUAUGUGGGAUCCUGUAUUAAAUUAUUAUUCAUAUGUGUUUGAUGGAACGAACAUUAUUCCAUCCAGUGAGAAAGAAGAGAAAUUGGGAAUCCAAUGGUUACAGUAUCAUGGGACCUGGGGUGAUAAACAAUUAGCUUGGAAAGAUCCUAGACAACGUUGGUGUCCAGUACAAUGGAAAUAUAUCGAUGGACCGACGGGGCCUUUAUACAAGAACAUUGAACGUAUGUCGUUAUGUCAGAGCACUAAAUGGUGGAAUUUUUUAAAUAGCUGUCCAGCAAGAAGGUUCAUAAAGAAAGGUAAUGGACUGAAUGCGGAAAAGAAUGAUUUAAUUGGUGAUAAUUGUGGUGUUCUUCUAUAUUGGAUUAGACCUAAGUGGUUCCGAGGAAUAUUAAGAUUUCUUACCUGGAGAGGAAUCCUCUGUUUUAUAAUGGAUUUUUUUACUGGUUAA